AUGCCUUGCGACGAGCUGAAGAAUCUGGGUUGUCAUGCACUCAUGAUGUUGAAUGAGUUGAGAAAGUCUGGAAGAGGAAUAUGGAAGGGAAGGCGGGGGAAGCUCAGGGACUGGGAUUCGCCGACUUUGGAGGAUCCCAAAGUCAACGACGGAGGAGACCACUCAGGGAAGCUCUGGCUGUCACUCGCUCGCCGGCUCUCAUAG